AUGAAUGAGUAUGAUGAUAAUGAAAAACAAGAAGUAGCAAAAGAAGAAGAAGAAGAAGAAGAAGAAGAAAAUGAUGAAAAAGAUCUUAGUUCUGUACAUCAAGAUGAAACUAAUGAUCAAACAUUUAAACAAUUAAAUAAUGAAGAAACUAAACUUCAAAAUGAUUUAGCUAAUGAACUUAAAUAUAAUCUAAAAAUUCCGAUUACUGAUGAACCUCCUAAUAUUGGUCCAACACCAUAUAAAGUGGCUAUUGUUGGAAUGAAUGAAUUAGGAUCAGCUACAGCAUUUUUACUUAUUUGUAGACAAAUUGUAACUGAUGUUGUUAUUAUUGAUCGAAAUACUAAACGAUUAGCUGCUGAAUAUGCUGAUUUAAGUACCUGCACAACAUUUGUUUCAGGUGUCAAUGUACAAGCAAGUAAUCAAUUAGGAUCAUGUGAAGGUGCUCGUGUUGUUAUUCUUUGUGACGUUAGUGAUGAUGAUGAUGACGAAGGACAAAAGACAUCAAGUACUACACAAUCCUCUUCUCAAAAUGAAAAAAUCUUAUCCAAUUUUAAAACAAUAUCAAGAGCUAUUAGUAUCUAUGCAUCAGAUUGUGUUAUGAUUGUUGGACUACAACCAUUUGAAGUAAUGACUCAAUUAUGUGCUACUAAUAGUAUGUUACCAUCAUAUCGUAUAAUUGCACCAGGAACAAUGAUUGAUUCAGCACAUUUCAAAUUAUUAAUCGGUGAAAAAUUAGAAAUAUCACCAGCGAGUAUAACUGGAAUAAUGAUUGGUGGACAUGGACAUAAUAAUCUUCCACUAUGGAAUUCAAUAACUGUGGGUGGUAUACAUUUACUUUCAGAAAAUUCAUCAAUAGGGAAAUCAUAUGAUAAAGAAAAUUGGAAUCAACUUCAUAUAAAUGUCAAUCAACGACAAGAAGAAAUUAUUAAAACAAAAGGAACUGAAGUUUGGUCAAUAUCAAUGGCAUCAAGUGAACUUGUUGAAUGUAUACUUCGUAAUAAACGUGAAAUUCAUACAGUUACUGUUAAUAUUAAAGGUUAUUAUGAUGUUAACGAUGAUCUUUUUAUUUCAAUUCCGGCUAUUAUUAGUCAAAAUGGUGUAUCUCAUUUAAUAACAACAAAUUUUUCUAAUCAUAAUAAUGAAAAUGAAUUUUCUAAAAUAAUUGAAAAUAUACAAAUGAUCAUUAAAGAAAAACUAAAGAAUAUUUAA